CGCAUUGCAGGCGCUAUCGCGUACGUUCCGCCCGACGCCGGGGACCAUGCAGUCAAACAUCCGAAGACUGCCCGCAGUCCCCGACACCCGUGAUAACAUUCAAGCAAAUUGAACGCGAUGGAGUCCUGCAGUGCGGUGUAUUGGCGUUGAGGAUCCUCUUCGGCGUGAUAGGUAUGGCGGAGGAGAUGGAGAAAGGUGGGAAGAACAGCGUUGAAUGCGAGGUAGAGGAGAGCGUGCGAGAUGUGUGGGGUGACCCUACGGCGCGAGCAAGGAGUACACCUUGAUGCCGACGGUCGCGCCCUACAAGGGUGUUAGCUCGACUGGGAGGAUGCGGUGGUUCACCCCCCGCACCUUCUUGGCGACGCGGCCCGGGACUAGUACUCGGAUUUGGUCGAAGGCUGAUGCUCGACACGCCCUCAACGCGCAGCUCGGCGACGAGGUCGUUGAUGUCGCGCUCAAUCGCAUCCUUCCCCCGCUUCGCGUCCUUCUUCCACUUCACGCCCUUCCUCAACUUCGCGUCGUGCCUCCACUUCGCCGGCUAGAAGGCCUGCACCUCAGACGAUGUAAGGCGGACGACCUACGACUCAUCAGUCGGAUACUGCACGUCCUAGCCCUUCUGUACGCGUUGGGCGCAGGAGAUGAGUGCCUCGUCGAUCGAGGGGUCGAGGGGAGAAGACUCGCUGGUCCGUGUGCUGCGCGCCGCGGGAGGAUUGACUCUCAGGGUAAAGUUGAGCACGCGAGGCGUGGAAGGAAGGUGGUCAAGCGCACCCAGACGCUUCAAUAUAGGGCAGUACGUCGCGCGUAAAGAGAAAGCGAGCUUGAUGGGGCGUCGGGAUGAGUGGUUCCAGCACUGCGCGAACAACGCGUACACUG